AUGCGGCUCAAGAUGCUCAAUGGAGCGCCUUUGCGCAACCAUCUAGAGUUUAACGAGGACACACUUUUGGCAGUCGAGGAUUGCCGUCCCUUUGAUGCAGCAACAAGUGUCUCUACACCUGCAAAUGAAUCCACACCGGCUUUGAAGUGGCGCGGACUGCCUCUCAAGAACCCUCGGCUCCAGACUGGAUGGUCACAACCUUUUCUCCCAGGAAAUGUUCGAGGUCAAGACAUAUCAGACGUUUCGCUGCCCAAUGUGAGUCGGUAUCCGUCUUUCUUACAAGAAGAUACAACGCACUUGGAUACAUCUAUCGCCUUUGAGGAUACGUCACUCGCCACACCUGGCUAUCUUGAGCAUUCGCUCGUCUUCCACGACACGCUACUGUCGUCUCAGGUCCUGCCAGACGGUAUAACAGAUAAGAGCGUCAGCUCCUCAUCCUUCUUGACUACUUCUUUCGGAACUACUCUAUCGGACUUUGACAGCCCAAGCAAAGUCGAUGAGCAUACACUACUCGUCAAAGUCGCGCCCAAGAUGAGUAUCACGCCUCUUGGAUUGUUACCUAACGCACAGCGUCUACGAGCGAUCUACCCGCAAACUCCAACACCAAACUUCUUAUGCGUUGUGACAGCGACUCCGGAACAAAAAGAAGUCUUCGUUCGGAAGGGCGGAUACAAGAUGAAUCUAUGGGAGAUCAUCGUUGCGGAUGAUACGCGCUCAGACUUCAAGGUCACGUUCUGGCUGCGUCCACCCCGAGAGUCAAACAACGAACAAAACCACGUUCAAACCCAACUACUGCAGACACUAGAGAGCAUCAAAGUUGGCGACAUUCUGCUUCUGAGGAACAUUGCGUUGACAUCGUUCGGUGACACCGUCUUUGGCCAAUCUCUGAACCCGGCCAUCACACGGGCUCGAACGACUAUUGAUGUCUUGACGAGAAGCAACGGUGUAUCAGCUGCCCAACUGGGUGGGCUCCCGGUGCCAGUAAUCGAAGUUUUCAAGAGAGUCAAAAGGUGGGCAAGAUUGCACAUUGCAUCUGAUAGUGCAGGUUCGAGAAAGAGAAAGAGCAGCCAGGCGAAACAACUCGAGGACACGAAACGCACUCUCACAGCGCGUGAUAUCGAUGACUCCAUGCCUCCCGACACUAUGGAAAGUAUCUUGACGAUCAUCUUCAUUCGCUACCGGUUGGCCAACAUGAAAUCAUUCUUUUCUUUCACUGGUCUGGCUACCACACUCUCGUUACUGGCAAGCGUACAAGCUGUGUCCAACUCUACCAAUGGUCCUUCAUGUGGAGUUGCAAAGGCAGACGACAGCUACUUCAGUGUUGUCGGAGUCCAGGGAACUGGAGUACACCCCCGACAGGAACUCCGUGAAUUGCAGAAAGACACGGAGUUAUGGAACAUCUUUAUCCAAGCGUUUGCUCGCUUCCAGGCUAUGGACCAGGAUCAAAAGAUCUCUUACUUCCAGGUCGCAGGUAUGUAG